AUGGGCUCAGCGGGAAUGGAAGCCCCAGAGUUUUUGAGUCAAAAGUCCCUGAAGCCAAAAACAACAACCGACUUAGACACUAAUCCGGUUCUUAGUGAUAUAUCGCUCCCAGCAAAACUAGAAGUAUCAAAUACUGAUGAGCAUGAAUCAACCAGCACAAAUAACCGGCCGCCCCACACAUUGGAGAGCUGCGAAGACUUCCAUGGGCUUGAGCCAGUUCUUCAUGAAUCGCAAAAUGGCGUUUCCCCACGAAAUAGUAAAGGUAUGGCUUCAAAAGUGCAUAGCGAAGGAACACCUUCAAACAGAAAAUCUAUGGGCCUAGAAUUGCAUAGCGGAAUAGGGAAUUCUAACCAGCAACUGCGUCCGUACUCUAUUCCACUAGCAAGUAGCGCUCGCACCAAAAGAUCAAGCAUCUAUCACAUGAAAACACCUAACGCUAUUCCCAUCAGAGCGCCAAGCCAUAGAUCCACGCACUUCGAGGGCGACGACAGAACAUCAGUAAAGAGUAUCUCUUCAUCGUUGACAGCUUCAUUUUCCAAAAGCUUCCUUUUCGGUUUUUAUCAUAAUUACAAAAAUGGCAGUAAAGCUUCCAAAAGCGUGCUGUCUAAAGAAUACUGGAUGAAAGACGAGAGUGCAAAAGAUUGCUUCUCGUGCGCUAAGCCAUUCACAACGUUUCGGCGUAAACACCACUGCCGUAUUUGCGGCCAGAUUUUCUGUGGCAACUGCACUUUUCUUAUUGAUGGCGGAAAGUUCCAACACGACGGGAAAAUGAGAGUUUGCCGGAACUGUCAUACUGACGUUGAUACAUUAGAAGAUUCAAGUGAUGAAUCAUCUGCGGAAGAGCAUGAAGAAAGUACCAACGAAGAUCAAGUAGAAUCAUCUCUCGAUCAAAGACUACCUAGCACUGAUGUUCUGAUUCUAGAAGAUGAUGAAGUCCAAAGCAUUUUGGCAGAUAAGAAAGGAGCCCAAGUUUUUCGUUCUACACCUCCACCGCCACCUAAGAUGGCAAUUCCUGCUACCAGACAAGGUGGGUCUCUUGAGAUAUCCGUACCUAGUCGAUCAAGCCCUAGCUCGCGAGGGGAUGCUUCACGCCAUUGGCGCAGCAUGAGGGAUGUCUACACUAUCAGAGACGUUGACAUACUGCCGCCUUACACCAUUGAUACCAAAGGAUCCAGAGGAUCACACGGCCACGUUUCGGCCCUCAGCUCCCAAGCCCACGAGGCGCACAUCCCACACCUUAAACAUUCAAUGUCAAGUUUUGCUCCUAAUGGAGGGAAUAAUGAAGUAUACAAGCAACCAUCGAGGUCGCCUAGCUCAGUUAUUGCUAAUUUGUCCAACAAUGAUUUUAAAUUCGAAUUCAACUAUAGAACCAAGAACUUUCAAGACUAUCUCAACGGGAACAACUCGAGGAAUUCUCGUACCGAACAAACUCACAUAAACCGCUCAGAAUCAUCACCGAUCUUGCCAUCGCAUCAGGAAGACACUAUAAUUGAUAACGAAUCGGGGAUUAGUGACGAUGGGUCUGAAGACGAGCGGUCGAUGUCUUUAUAUGCUGCGCUGAACGACUCACACCAAGACCAGCAUUAUAUGCGGCCCAUGCGAAAUACAACAAAAUCGUUCCAAAGAGCUCAGGCGUCCUUACAAAGAAUGAAAUCUCGCGGAAAAUUUAAAGGCCGCUCGCAUGCUAGUAACAGUGUUGUACGAAAGCAGUUUGAAUUUUUCAACCAAAGCAGCCCUUUCCUGAAGCCCGCGUUGAAUAAUGACGAAGAUUACUUCAACUUGAAUGAAUCAAGUCUGUGUCUUGAGAGACCGCAUCCUCGAAAUGAUGCCAGCACCGGAUCCCGGGACAUGAGGCGUAUCAUAUCAACAGCCUCUGUUUUGCGUCUCAAAUCGCAAGAAAGCAAAAGCGAAUUAAGUGAUGUCGCGCAGCUCCACAUGAACGCUUUACUCAACCAAGUCUUGAAAGACCAGGAUGUCGAAGACCUAAACGAAUGGAUUGAAGUAUUCAAAUCAAUAUUAUCCUCGCUACAGGGUAUUGAGCUUGACGCUAGAAAUAUGAACGGCCUGGACUUCAAGCAGUAUUACAUCAAAAUAAAACGAAUUGGGGGCUCUUUCAUUAGUAACUCAAGGUUCGUGAAUGGCGUAGUUUAUUCCAAAAAUAUACCUCUUAAGUCUAUGCCGCGAUGCCUAACGAACCCAAGGAUUUUGCUCAUAAUGUUUCCUUUGGAGUACCAGAAAAACGAAAACCAUUUUAUGAGCCUGGACUCUAUUAUGGCACAGGAAGAAGAGUACCUCAGAAAGUUGGUGUUGAGACUGAAAUCUCUCAACCCUGAUGUUGUUCUCGUUGGUGCAAACGUCAGUGGCUUUGCACUCAAGUUGAUGAAUGACGCUGGGAUACUUGUUCAAUUUAACAUGAAGCCACAAGUGAUGGAACGAAUUGCAAAAUUAACGGAGGCAAGCAUUGCAAUCACUGUUGAUAAACUGGCUACUAGCGUAAAACUUGGAACUUGCGCUUCAUUCCAGGUGCGCACUUUCUGUUACGGUAACCUAGUAAAAUCUUACACUUUCCUCGAAGGAUGUAAAGCUUCGUUGGGCGGCACAAUCCUCCUGAGAGGAUCCAGUUUUGACGUCCUGCAAAAAAUCAAAGAUAUUACUGAAUUUAUGGCAUAUGCAGUAUUUUCCCUUAAACUGGAAAGCUCGUUUUUCAAUGACAAUUUUCUGCAACUCUCUGUUGAGCUAUACAAACAAUCACAUAAACAGCAGCUGGAGUCUGCUGCGCCCCAAUAUUUUGCUGACUUCAUCGAAAAGUUCCACCAAAGGAUUCUCUCAGUAUCGCCUACCGUUGAAUUCCCAAUGCCGUUUCUUCUGAGAAAAGCCCGAGAGCUUGAAUCGGAGCUGAUCAGAAAGGAAAGCGAAAGUAAGGAUUUAGCUGCGACUUCGACGAAUUCUAACAGCGAUCUAGAGAAAACUAUUCAAGAUUUGGGUUUGGAGUCAGCGCUUACAAACCAAGACUUCAAAAAUUUGGUGAAGUUUGUCCAUAAAAAGGAUGUUGAAGAUUUAAAAGCACGGUUCAAGUGGAGAAGCCGGCAAUGGGAAUUGUCUUACGCUCUCUCAAAAAACAUGCUUGGGACAGGCACCCACCAAACAAUUCAUGUGCUGUAUUCGAUGAUAUCGAAGAAGACUGCCACCCCGUGUGUUGGGCCUCAACUUGUCAGCAUCGAUUACUUUUGGGAUACAGACAUCUCUAUUGGGCAGUUUAUAGAAAACAUUGUUGCCACUGCUAAUUGCACGUGUUUACAUGGUUGUGGUGGGAUCCUUCUGGAUCACUAUAGGAGCUAUGUUCACGGGACAGGUAAGGUUGAUGUACUUAUCGAAAGGUUCCAGAGUAGGCUUCCGUCCCUGAAAAACAUCCUUUUAACGUGGAGCUAUUGCAAAGAGUGCAGCAGCUCCACGCCUAUCCUUCAAAUGAGCAAGAAAACUUGGAACUAUUCUUUUGGAAAGUAUCUCGAGCUAUUAUUUUGGAGUCGGGGUGAAGGGAUCAAGACGAUAGGAAACUGCAAUCACGAUUUUGCUAAGGAUCAUGUCAAGUACUUUAGCUACGAUGAUUUGAUGGUGCGAAUGGAGUAUUCAAACGUUGACGUUCACGAAUUGAUAACACCACGGUCACAAAUAAGCUGGAAGCCAAAUAUUGAUAUCAAACUCAAAGUCGAACUUUAUUACCAGAUUUUGGAAAAGAUCAACAACUUCUAUGCAAGUGUUUCGGAUAGGCUGCUAAGAAUCAAGCUUGACAGCAUGUCGAGCGACAGAGCCGUGGCAGCUGAAGGAAAAAUUGAAGAGCUUAAAAAGCGAGUAUUAAAGGAGAAAGAAAUUUUGAUCGACCUCACCGAGAGCAUUUACAGAAACACACCAGGAGAUCAGCAUCUUCCUUUGAAUGCUACAAUAAGAUCCUUGCACGACAAUGCAGCAGGGUGGGAUUCAGAGUUUUCCGAGUUCGGGAAAACGUUCCUGCCUUCUGAGAACGACAUUGCAAGAAUUACUGCUAUUCAGCUCAAAAAGCUUUUUACAGAUGCCGCAAAAACGGACCAAGAGCAAAUCACUCUUACAGAGAAAUUAACAACGUCCGAUGCUACUCAACAAAAGGCACAUGAGACAGGAUCAGAUGUGACAAAAAACGAAAUUGCGAACGACAAACGCCUGAGCAAUAUGUUCGAGGGUUCAACUACUAUUGGAAAGCUCGGGAGCUUAUACCAAGAUAGAAGCGAGACUUUUAAAGAAGCUCACAGGCCCUCCAUCACCCAUCGCCAAACCACCCCAAAUAUCAAAAAAAUCAAUACACGUGAUAAUUCCGCUAUUUUACCAAAAGACGACAUUCUUAUAGGGAGCAAGAAGAAAGUUCAGGGUAGUACCAGUGAUGUUCGCCCAUCCCUAGAUAUACUCACAGCGAGACCGCCAAUUGAUUUAUCUGAUAGCGUUGCUAAGAAUUCAAACUCUUUAAGAAGCCUUAGUAACGGCAGCGGUGGAAGUUUUAAUAGUCUUCAUUCAAAGGAAUAUGGUUCGGGUAGCAAAGUUGGCCAAUUAGCAAACUUUUUUGACCAGAUACACUUCGACGCUUUGUCCAAGGAGUUCGAGUUGCAAAGGGAAUUCGAAAGAUUACAGCUUAACAAAAACAAGUACAAAGCUCUGAGAGUCGAGCCUUCCAAGCCUAUAGUCGAAAUCUACAAAAAUGCAAAAGACGCUGUCGAUGGCCCUCUUCACACAGAUUCGCGAAGAAAAAAGUUGCCGUUCGCUAACGGACGCCAGGAAUGGAAAAAUAUCACUAAUGCUUCCAAAAGCCACUGUUCCUCAAAUGACGAAUUAGAAAACAAGCUCGAGCAUUCAAUUCAUCAAUGGGGAGAGAGAAUACUUCGAAAAGAAGACAAAUCUGUGAGUGACGAAGGAUCCACAAGUGAAAACUUAACUGAAAAACACGAAAGCGGGGAAGCAUUAUCACCAGUAGUGACCCCUGCCGCAGCCAAAAUGCAUAAAUUAGAUCCAGAAAGUCAACCGGAAAAAUCGUCGCUGAUGAAAACCCUGGCAAAUUUUUGGGCGGAUCGUUCUGCUACUCUGUGGAAGUCUUUGGAUUAUCCUACCGCAUCAACCGAACACAUCUUUGUUGAUAGUCCAGUUAUCAUCCGGGAAGAUGAGCCCUGCUCUCUCAUCUCGUUUUGCUUGAGCUCCUCGGACUACUUGCAAAAAAUGCGGGUUUCCAAUUCUUCAGAAGGGGAGAAAAAUGGCAGCAAUAGAGCAGAGCCACAUAACAGCACUCCAUGUGGCACGAACGCACAGGGAAUAUCAGAAGGUGGAGAAGCUAAUGAAUCCCUCCUCAGUAAUGAUACCGCUGCCAACAAGAAUUCUAGUCUCCAAAAUAAAGAAUCAAGUACUGAGAGUGCACCUGAGCCCAGAGAAGAUACUAAGACGGACGGAAACGACGUAGAAAACUCGAACACUGGGGAGACAGAAGAAACCAAUUCAGAAAAAAUUAUGACAAAAAAGACUGCCAUGCAUCUACGUUACCAGUUUCAAGAUGGGAGCUCUGUUAUGUCUUGCAAGAUAUUUUUCGCCGAACAGUUUGAUGCUUUCCGUAAAACUUGCAGUUGCGAAGAAAAUUUCAUUCAAAGUCUUUCAAGAUGUGUCAAAUGGGAUUCGAGCGGUGGUAAGAGCGGAAGCGCGUUCUUAAAAACUCUUGACGACCGUUUCGUGAUCAAGGAACUUUCACACACUGAGCUCGACUCUUUCAUCAAGUUCGCUCCUAGCUAUUUUGAAUACAUGGCUCAAGCAAUGUUUCACGACUUGCCCACGGCUUUAGCCAAAGUUUUCGGUCUCUACCAGAUUCAGACAAAGAAUUCAGACAGUGGAAAAAGCUUUAAAAUGGAUGUCAUUAUUAUGGAAAACCUUUUUUAUGACAAGAAAACAUCCAGAAUAUUUGACCUGAAAGGGUCAAUGAGAAACAGACAUGUCAAACAGACAGGGAAAGAGAAUGAAGUGUUGUUAGACGAAAACAUGGUGGAAUACAUCUACGAAUCCCCAAUUUUUGUGCGCGAAUAUGACAAGAAACUACUCCGAGCAUCCUUAUGGAAUGAUACCCUUUUUCUGGCAAAAAUGAACGUCAUGGACUACUCUUUAGUUAUUGGCGUUGACAAUAACAACCAUACCCUGACAGUUGGCAUUAUAGAUUUUAUAAGAACUUUCACUUGGGAUAAGAAACUUGAAAGCUGGGUCAAAGAAAGAGGGUUUGUCGGAGGUAGUACGAAAGAACCUACCGUUGUCACACCAAGACAAUAUAAAAACAGGUUUCGUGAAGCAAUGGAGCGGUACAUCUUAAUGGUUCCCGACCCUUGGUUUCAAGAGAUUCAUGAUUGA